CUUACUUAAGUAAAGGAUCUGCAUGCUUCUUCCACCACUAGAUGUAAGAUGUUCACUGAUGGUGAUGAUGAAGGUGUGCCAGAUGUGCAAAAGCUGGUAGAAGUAAACCUAAAAUGAUUUAACUGCUGCCAGUGGAGCUACAAAGUAUUGGAGAAGGCAUCUGAUGAGGAAUGAUGUAAAUGACAGUUAAGUUGUUUGUGAUGCUUCUUAUAUAUUUUUUUUUUUAAAACAUGUCAUUUGAUUUCAACAUGUCAUUACAAGGUGGGCUCUUUAGAGUUUAGAUUGAUGCUAAAAAUGAAAAUAAAUUAGUCCACUUUAACGUUGUAAUCCUUAAGAUUUCAGUUCUGGUUGACUUGACAACUCCUGUGGAUACUGGUGGUAACAGCAAGAACGUAUUAAUAACACAAAUACGAGAAAAGAGAAAACAACACCCAUUUUCUAAAUCUCUAUAAUGCAACCCAACAAGCGACAGCCGCAGCACAGACCUGGGUGAACACCUGGAUGAACACCUGGAUGACACAGUGUCAACAAACAUUUCACAAAGUCAGCAUUUAUUACAGAGAUUGCAUUGCAAUGUGCAGGUGUUGUUGUUAUUUUGCCCACCCCCUGAAUAUUUGAAAACGUACAUGCAUUUGUAGGCCACAUAGUGAUGACAUUUGAAAUACAUUUUGGACAGUGGAAUCAUAUAUUUCUAACCAUUACGUCACAUAUCUGUACAUACAUCCAAAAUAUGUUUGUGAAUUUUCUCCACCUAUCACUGCAGAGGCCCAGGCCUUGUGCCUGCAGUAGCUGCUGGUGGCCAGCAGAGGGAGAUGUUGGCGCAUUUUCUGGAUGUGGCUUCAGAACAACAGUUCAUUCUGUGAGAAUGACCGUUCGAAUAUUACAGCUGCCCGUCUCUUCCCCCUAACCAGCAGCAGCCCGCAGGCAGUGAAAUGUAACCGGACCCUGGGUGCGACAUGAACGGGCCUCAGCUCAGCGAACUCCCGGACGACUCGGAACAGCUCGGGCCGUAUGUGAGCAGCCUGAGGCGGAGAGCGCUGCAGGCCAGCGAGCUGUCCGCUGUCAGGACCUUCUCCGACGGCUUUCUCAUCAGGUUUCUGCGGGCCAGAGACUUCGACGUGGAGCUCUCUCUGAAGCUCUUACUGAACUACCAGCGGUGGCGGAGGGAAAGUCCUGAGAUCAGCACUUGUCUGUCUUCCCGCUCGGUGCUCGGACUCCUCAACACAUCGUACCAUGCCGUCCUCCCACAGCGGGACCACACUGGCAGCAGGGUGCUCAUCUACAGGAUAGGGCAGUGGAACCCAAAAGACUGGUCGGCCUUCCAGGUGUUCAGGGUCAGCCUGAUGACAUCAGAGAUCAUCUCCACGGAGACAGAGACGCAGAGGCGGGGUCUGAAAGCCAUAUUUGACCUGCAGGGAUGGAGUUUAGGCCAUGCCUUGCAGAUUAACCCUUCCCUCGCCAGAAAGAUAUCCUCUAUACUAUCGGACUCUUUUCCACUGAAAGUUAGAGGAAUCCAUCUGGUCAACGAGCCAAUGUUCUUCCGGCCGGUCUUUGCCAUGAUUCGUCCCUUCCUGUCAGAUAAGAUCAAACAGAGGAUCCAUAUGCACGGUGCUGAUUUCCACGACACUUUAAGCGACUUCUUCUCACUGCCCAUCCUGCCUCCAGAAUAUGGAGGAGAGGGCCCUUGCAUACAAGAGGCAUGUCAGAACUGGACCGAUCAGCUGCUUCAAUCAGAGAAGCUCCUGCAGCAGAUUGCCUCCCAUCCAACAGGUGACAUUGCCAUUAUUCCGGAGGACUCCUUGAUCUCAGAGGAAGUGAAGACUGAACAACAUUCAGAGGAAUGAUGUUUGCAGUUUUGGCCUCCUUGAUCAAACAUACACAUGCUUGUUUUAUUUUUUUUUACGUUGGAUCAAAACAACCCAACACACUCUGUGGCCAUUUUUGAGGUCCUUAAGUCUCGAAUACUAACUGCAUCAAGAGAGCUGUCUGUGCUGCUUUAAAACAUUUCAGCACUGGUCCAUCUGAUUGACUUUGUGUUUACAUGAUAUUUGACUGCCAGCUAACUGUCUUUGUGGUUACAUUGCUCAUUGAAAUCUUUGCAUCUUCUAACUUAAGUACACAUACAGAGGUUGAUGUCAGUCUCAUGUCUGUGUGUUAAAUACUGAGUUUGAGUCAGGACAUAGUUAGCCUAGCUUAGGAUAAAGACUGGAAGAAGGUGGAAACAACUAGCUUUGGUCUGUAAGUUAAAAAGAAAAACAAUCAACAACCUCGAAAACUUACAAAUUAACAUUAUUAUUAUAUCUCUUUGUUUAACCUGCACAGAAAAAGAAAUGUAAAAACAACAAUUUGUGAAUUUACUGGAAGUUGCGAGAUGAGCUGCACAGAAGUGCUGGGCGGAUGGAUAAACUGGAUGGAUACCCUAAAACCACAAAUUGUCAUUGUUACAUUUGUUAAUGUACAAGUUAAACAAAUAAGAUAUACUGUGUAAAUAAGAAGACGCGGAAGUGGUAUCAAUCUCCGUACCUUACUCAAAUUAGCUUAUUUCCCACAAUGUUGAACUACUUUUUAAAUUUAAUUAAUACAUUUUUAAUUCAUGUAUUUUGGUUUUGCUAGUAUCUGCUAUCUGGUCAUUGUUCGCAGUUUGUUCAGGUUCACUGAGCCAACUCGUCUCAAACUAUGUGUUUCAGAGUGGAGACUGGUCUAAAGGCAGGACAGUUUAUUGUGUCAUCUCGACUUGGAAACAAACACACUAAAAAGUACCCAGGGUAAUCUUUAGUGUGUUGAACUCUGUCACCUCUUGUUUAGAAGCAUCUGUCGCUAAAUGUGAGGAUUUUAAAAAUACAACAAAGUACUACAUAUCACAUUAUCUCUUCUAUGAAGACCUCCACCCGUUUUCUCGACAUUAUUGCAACUAAACUCUUCAAAGAAGUUAUUGGCACCAUUGGCCCCAGCAUCCUUGCAAUUAUCAAUAGCUCCCUGGAAACCAGCAAUGUUCCCCAAACUUUCAAACAUGCAGUUGUCCAGCCACUUUAAAAAACAAAACAAAAAAACAAACAAAAUGUAAAUCCUUCAGUCCUCAAUAAUCACAGACCAACCUCCAAACUCCCCUUUCUUUCUAAAAUCCUUGAAAAAGUUGUUUUUAAUCAACUGUUGUCCCACCUGACAUCAAACAUCAUCAUCUUUGAAAGAUUCCAAUCUGGUUUCAGAGCUCUUCACAGUACUGAAUUGGCAUUACUGAGAAUUACUAAUGACCUCCUUCUAGUUGUUGACUCAGGUAACUGUUCUGUCCUCUUGCUCCUAGAUUUAACUGCAGCCUUUGACACAGUAGAUCAUUCUAUUCUCAUUCACAGAUUAAACCAAUGGGUGAGGGUCUCUGGUUCUGCCUUAAACUGGUUUUCUUCAUAUGUAUCCAACAGACCUUUCAAUGUCUCUAUUAGCAACUCAUCUUCUUCCUCAGCCUCCAUCUCCUAUGGUGUCCCCCAAAGUUCCAUACUUGGCCCAAUCCUCUUCUCCAUCUAUUUGCUUCCGCUAGGCCAUAUUAUUCAAAAAUACAACAUAUCGUUUCACUAUCCUUUCACCUUUCACUUCCCCCUAGAGCCUAAUAACUCAUUGACCUCAAAAACUGUCUUCAGGACAUCAAAUCCUGCAUGGCUGCAAACUUUCUACAGCUCAAUGAGAAUAAAACUGAAGUUAUUUUAUUUGGACCACAGCAAUUGACCAACAUUAUCUCUCCUCAUCUUAGCCCCUUGGCCACCUCUGUCACUCAGGCUUGUUUAUCCCAUCUCCAACUGGUUCAGAAUGCAGCAGCAAGAGUUUUACCAAGGUCAAAAAAGAGGGCGCACAUUUCUCCCUUUUUUGCCUCCCUACACUGGCUGCCUGUUAGCUACAGGAUUGAUUUUAAAAUCCUUAUGUAUGCUUACAAAGUAUUGAAUGGUCUCACCCCCUCUACAUUACAGAACUCCUCUCCCCAUAUCACAUUGUGAGAGAACUGAGAUCAUCUGACCAAAGACUUAUGUCUUUCCCAAGAUCUAGGACUAAGUGUUAUGGGGACUGGGUCUUCUCUAUCGCUGCCCCAAAACUUUGGAAUUCUCUUCCUCCCACUAUCCAAUUCUCCCCCACUAUUGACAUUUUCAAGAAUCAUCUAAAAACACACUUUAACUCACUAGCCUUUAACUGUGCCUAACCUAACCAGCUCAGGUAUUUCCCCUAAAGUCUCUGUAGGUGUGUGUUGGGCUCUGUGUAACUAUGUGCCUUUACUAUUAUUAUUAUUAUUACUGUCAUCACUCUGAUUUUGUUUUGUUUUCCUCUGUGUGUGCUGUAAAGCACUUUAGAUCAACUGUGUUGUGCGUAAAGUGCUAUAUAAAUAAAGUUGAGUAUCAUGUUUUUACAGGAAUGUUGCUAGAUGUUACUGUAUGAAGUUUUUUUCAGGGAUCUCUAGUGUACAGUUAUGGUCAAAAGAUUUGAGAAUGACACAAGUAUAAGUGUUUUUAGAUAUCUUUGUCAGAUGUUACUAUGGUAUACUGAAGUAUAAUUACAAGCAUUUCAUAAGUGUCAAAGGCUUUUAUUGACAAUUACAUUAAGUUUAUGCAAAGAGUCAAUAUUUGCAGUGUUGACCCUUCUUUUUCAAGAACUCUGCAAUUCGCCCUGGCAUGCUGUCAAUUAACUUCUGGGCCACAUCCUGACUGAUGGUAGCCCAUUCUUGCAUAAUGCUUGGAGUUUGUCAGAUUUUGUGGGUUUUUGUUUGCCCACCCGCCUCUUUGGAUUGACCACAAGUUCUCAAUGGGAUUAAGGUUUGGGGAGUUUCCUGGCCAUGGACCAAAAAUGUUGAUGUUUUGUUCCCCGAGCCACUUAGUUAUCACUUUUGCCUUAUGGCAAGGUGCUCCAUCAUGCUGGAAAAGGCAUUGUUCGUCACCAAACUGUUCUUGGAUGGUUGGGAGAAGUUGCUCUCGGAGGAUGUUUUGGUAGCAUUCUUUAUUCAUGACUGUGUUCUUAGGCAAUAUUGUGAGUGAGCCCACUCCCUUGGCGAGAGAAGCAACCCCACAUAUGAAUGGUCUCAGGAUGCCUUACUGUUGGCUUGACACAGGACUGAUGGUAGCGCUCGCCUUGUCUUCUCCGGACAAGCUUUUUUUCCGGAUGCCCCAAACAGUUAGAAAGGGGAUUCAUCAGAGAAAAUGACUUUACCCCAGCCCUCAGCAGUCCAAUCCCUGUACCUUUUGCAGAAUAUCAGUCUGUCCCUGAUGUUUUUCUUGGAGAGAAGUGGCUUUGUUGCUGCCCUUCUUGACACCAGGCCAUUCUCCAAAAGUCUUUGCCUCACUGUGUGUGCAGAUGCACUCACACCUGCCUGCUGCCAUUCCUGAUCAAGCUCUGCACUGGUGGUGCCCCGAUCCCACAGCUGAAUCAACUUUAGGAAACGGUCCUGGCGCUUGCUGGACUUUCUUGGGCACCCUAAAGCCUUCCUACAGCGAUUGAACCUCUCACCUUGAAGUUUUUGAUGAUCCGAUAAAUGGUUGAUUUAGGUGCAAUCUUACUAGCAGCAAUAUCCUUGCCUGUGAAGCCUUUUUGUGCAAAGCAAUGAUGACGACACGUGUUUCCUUGCAGGUAACCAUGGUUAACAGAGGAAGAACAGUAAUUUCAAGCACCGCCCUCCUUUUAAAGCUGCCAGUCUGUUAUUCUAACUCAAUCAGCAUGACAGAGUGAUUUCAAGCCUUGUCCUCGCCAACACUUUCACCUGUGUUAACGAUUGAAUCACUGACAUAUGAUGUCAGCUGGUCCUUGUGUGGCAGGGCUGAAAUGCAGUGGAAAUGUAUUUUUGGGGUUAAGUUCAUUUUCAUGGCAAAGAGGGACUUUGCAAUUAAUUGUAAUUCAUCUGAUCACUCUUCAUAUAUGCAAAUUGCCAUCAUGAAAACUGAAGCAACAAACUUUGUGAAAACCAAUGCUUGUGACAAUUAUCCAGUGGGUCUCAGGGAUGGAUUGCCAGGAGGAGAUUUGUGUAGCAGCUGCAAGACACCAACCUUCAACCAGGCUCAGUCCUCUGCAUGGCUGAAGACAAUGAGACACUCAGGCCCUACCAGCUCUGAAGUUCACCCUGCUCAAAACAAACGACCACCUUACUCAGAAAUCCUAUGAACUCAGUCUAAGAGCCACUCUGUUUGAUGCGUUGCAAAAUACCUAGAAGCCAAACAGUUCCACAGCAGUGUGUUUUCAUGUCACCAUGGACUGCAAACGCUGCAGAUGAGCAUGAAUCCUACACUGUCUCCAACUUAUCACUACCUUCCAGACAUUAAUCUUAUCAGCCAGCUAAACCAAUCCACCCAGUCUUCUAUUUGUUCAUGGCUGAUCAUUUGAACUUUGGUCUUCAUUUUAACAGUUUAAAAGUUAGCUUUUUUUUCUUUUCUUUUCUUUUUUUUUUUUGCAAUUUUAUAUCAUGAAUGACAAGAAACCUUUGACUAUGUUUGGACCAAUAUUAUGCACAUAUACCCAGGUAUUGUUAAAAACAAAAGUGAAUUUGCUGUUCACACUGAGUUUAUAAUUAUUGUUUUUAAUUGCUGCAAAACCUAGAAUGGGUUCAUAAUAACAGAAAAUGUUUUUUUCAUUUGUGAAUUUUUUGUUUGUGAAUUUGACCCUUUGCCCUGAGAAUGCUGAGCACAAAAAAAUGACAUAGAAUUUAAAGUUACAUAAAGGAAAAGCAAUCACAAAAGCUGAAGUUAUGAUGUUAUCAUGUGGUAACACAUUUUUAACAGUUUUUUACUAAUUUGACCUAUACAACAUGAUUGCUUUAAAUAUUAAUAAGAUGUUUCCAGUAAAAAACAAAAUAUUUCAAAGACCCACCCGUAUUCUUGUAUGUCUGCUUAAUGAGUAGACAGGAAAGAUUUGUGCAUAUGAAUGUUGUUAAUAAAUGGUAUGUAGGAACA